CCUAUCCUCCUCCUCCUCCUCUUCCAAUGGCGCAAAAGAUUGGCGCGGAUACACGAUCCUGGCCUGAGCUCCUCGGAUCCGAGCACUGGUCCGGCCUUCUCGACCCUCUCGACCAAUCCCUUCGCGUCUUCCUCCUCCAAUGCGGUGACAUGUGUCAGGUCACCGCCGAUUCCUUCAUCGGCGACGACCACUCCAAGUACCGUGGCAUGUGCCGCUACCGCCCCAGCACCCUCCUCGACCAAGUGUUCUUCCCCUACGCGGCCAACUACGACGUCAAGGAGUACCUCUACGCCAUGUCGCAAAUUCCGUUAUUCCAGACCAAGGAGUCCAAUUGGAUGGGCUACAUCGCCGUCUCCAAGGACUCGUACACGAAACUUACCAGGCGCCGCGAGAUCUACGUCGUAUGGCGCGGCUCAGGACGGCUGUCGGAGUGGCUCGAGGACAUCACGACCGGUCUCGUGCCAUUGGACCCCGACAACCAAGAUGUGAAGGUCAUGCAAGGCUGGAACGACAUCUACACGUUGAAAGACUGCGAUUCGCAAUUUCCAUGCAACGCAACCAGUGCAAGGGAGCAGUUACUGAGUAAGUUAAGCGAGCUAGUGGAGCUAUACAAGAACGAGAGCCUUAGCAUAGUGUGCGUUGGCCACAGCUUGGGAGGCGCCCUCGCCAUCUUGAGUUCUUUCGAUAUAGUGAACAAAGGACUGUCCAAGAUAGAAGGCAAGGAGGAGGAGUACUUCCCAGUAUGUGCCGUGGUGUUUGAGAACCCCAAAGUUGGGAACAAGGCCUUCAAUGAUAGGUUUGAGAAGCUGCCCAACCUUCGAGCUCUACGUGUCCGGAAUUCUUUGGACAUCGUUCCAUAUUGGCCAUUUUCAAUCGACUUCGUUGACACCGGCUCAGUUCUGGACAUAGUGGCCCUGAUGUCGCCCUACUUGAAAAUCCCUGUGAAUUACCACGACCUGCAAGUGGUCCUCCACACGGUGGCCUGGUGGCCCUGGAUGGGCGGCGAGUUCGACUUGGAGGUGAAGAGGAGCCUGGCGCUGGUGAACAAGGGGGGCGUCUGUUGGGCUGAUGGCCCAUAUUCAGCCCAUGUGGGUUUUAUCAGCCCACAGCCCACACUCUCUCUUAACCUAACCCUAAUUAAGAUUAGGGGGGUGUGGUGGCUGCGUUUUAGAGGCAGAUUAAAGCUAUAAAAAGGCAGCAACGAGGCAGAUCUUUGGAGGCCACGGGAUUCCAAAGAGAAGAAGGAGAUCAAGGCAGAAAAGGAAGAGAAAGAAAGGGAAGAAGACAAGGACAAUGCAGAGAGACUGUUCACAAUCAUCUAGCAGUGUUCUCAUCUCAGGUUAGAUCAAAUCUACAGUAGACUCUUGCUGUGAUUACUUGGGGAGGUUUUAGAUAUUGUGGGCAGUGACGUGAUCCUUGUAUCCCAGUUAUUCUCUUGUGAUUGUUGCUAGGAUUUUGGGCAAGAGAUUGAGAUUUGUAUAUUCAUUAUUCUCAUAGUGGAUUAUCUCUAGUUUGCCCCGUGGUUUUUACCCUUCACAUUGAAGGGGUUUUCCACGUAUAUCUUGGUGUUCUGUUUGAUUGUGUUUCCAUUUUAUUCCGCUGCGUAUUUUGGUCUUCUAGUAUUUGUUCCUGUACAAAGGUUAUUCCUCUUUUUAUCCCCAUCAACUGGUAUCAGAGCGGGGUUUU